CGUUUCAAGCCUUGUUCUCUCGCUUUUUUCUCUCCAUUUCGUUUCCAAUUCUCUACCGAAUCCUCUCACUCUUCAAUCUGUGAGAUUUUUGGCUAUGGGCGUGACUCUUUUGCCCGAUAUCGGGACGGAGAUUCUGAUUCCGGCGUGCGCGGUGGUGGGGAUCGCGUUCUCGCUGUUCCAGUGGCUCAUCGUCUCGCGCGUCAAGGUCUCGCCAGGCCACGACUCGGCGUCUGCCAACAGCGGCUCCGGAAAGAAUGGCUACACAGAGUACCUCAUCGACGAAGAGGACGGUGGCAACGACCAAAACGUCGUCCUCAAGUGCGCCGAAAUCCAAAACGCCAUCUCUGAAGGAGCAACCUCCUUCCUAUUUACCGAAUAUCAGUAUGUUGGUGUGUUCAUGGUGGCUUUUGCUGUGUUGAUAUUCCUUUUCCUUGGCUCGGUGGAGGGUUUCAACACAAGUAGUCAGCCUUGCAAGUAUGACGAAACCAAGUUGUGCAAGCCUGCUCUUGCCACUGCUAUCUUCAGUACCAUAUCAUUUGUGCUCGGUGGUAUUACUUCGGUGGUUUCUGGCUUCCUUGGAAUGAAAAUUGCAACCUAUGCAAAUGCCAGAACCACCCUGGAGGCAAGAAAGGGUGUUGGGAAGGCAUUUAUCACUGCAUUCAGAUCUGGUGCAGUUAUGGGUUUUCUCCUUGCUGCCAAUGGACUCUUGGUGCUUUACAUUACCAUCAAUCUCUUUAAGAUAUACUAUGGUGACGACUGGGGUGGCCUUUUUGAGGCCAUCACUGGGUAUGGUCUUGGUGGAUCUUCCAUGGCUCUCUUUGGCAGAGUUGGUGGAGGUAUCUAUACUAAAGCUGCUGAUGUUGGUGCUGAUCUUGUUGGCAAGGUUGAAAGGAAUAUUCCUGAGGAUGACCCAAGAAAUCCAGCUGUGAUAGCUGAUAAUGUUGGUGAUAAUGUUGGGGAUAUAGCUGGUAUGGGAUCUGAUCUUUUUGGCUCGUAUGCUGAGGCAUCCUGUGCCGCCCUAGUUGUUGCUUCCAUCUCCUCCUUUGGAAUCAAUCAUGAGUUCACUCCGAUGUUAUAUCCUCUCAUUGUUAGUUCUGUGGGUAUCCUGGUUUGUUUGAUCACCACCUUAUUUGCUACUGAUUUCUUUGAAAUCAAGGCUGUGAAUGAAAUUGAGCCGGCGUUGAAGAGGCAGCUCAUCAUUUCGACCAUUUUGAUGACUGCCGGAGUUGCAGUUAUUAGUUUGGUUGCACUCCCAUCUUCGUUUACCAUCUUCAACUUUGGAACUCAGAAAGUUGUGAAGAAUUGGCAGCUGUUCUUAUGUGUUGCUGUAGGUUUGUGGGCUGGGCUUAUUAUUGGCUUUGUGACCGAGUACUAUACUAGCAAUGCUUACAGCCCUGUUCAAGAUGUUGCUGACUCCUGCCGGACUGGAGCUGCUACUAAUGUCAUUUUUGGACUUGCAUUGGGCUACAAAUCUGUCAUUAUUCCCAUCUUUGCCAUUGCUGUUAGUAUUUUUGUUAGCUUCAGCUUUGCUGCUAUGUAUGGUAUUGCGAUGGCUGCACUAGGGAUGCUGAGCACCAUAGCCACUGGAUUGGCCAUUGAUGCAUAUGGUCCCAUCAGCGAUAAUGCUGGAGGCAUUGCUGAGAUGGCAGGAAUGAGCCACAAAAUCCGAGAGAGAACUGACGCUCUUGAUGCUGCUGGAAACACGACCGCUGCUAUUGGAAAGGGGUUUGCGAUUGGUUCUGCUGCUCUUGUGUCCCUGGCCCUAUUUGGUGCUUUUGUGAGUCGUGCUGGAAUCACAACAGUCGAUGUCUUGACUCCAAAAGUGUUUAUUGGUUUGCUCGUGGGAGCAAUGCUUCCUUACUGGUUUUCUGCCAUGACAAUGAAGAGCGUGGGAAGUGCAGCUCUAAAGAUGGUUGAGGAAGUGCGCAGGCAAUUCAACACCAUCCCAGGUCUCAUGGAGGGCACUGCCAAGCCUGACUAUGCUACCUGUGUCAAGAUCUCCACUGAUGCUUCUAUCAAAGAGAUGAUCCCACCUGGUGCUCUUGUCAUGCUCACACCCCUCAUCGUUGGUAUCUUUUUCGGUGUGGAAACUCUCUCCGGUGUCCUUGCUGGAUCCCUUGUUUCUGGUGUACAGAUUGCUAUCUCUGCCUCCAACACUGGUGGUGCAUGGGAUAAUGCCAAGAAAUACAUUGAGGCUGGUGCUUCAGAGCAUGCAAUAUCCCUUGGUCCAAAAGGAUCAGAUCCACACAAGGCAGCUGUUAUUGGUGAUACCAUUGGGGACCCACUCAAAGAUACAUCUGGACCGUCGCUCAACAUUCUCAUCAAGCUAAUGGCCGUUGAGUCACUUGUGUUUGCUCCCUUCUUUGCCACACACGGUGGACUGCUCUUUAAGAUCUGAAACAAGAGGAUGCGAAAUACAGCCAGGGGAUGGGCUCACCAUUUCCCUCUGUUUAUGACCUCCAUCUACACUUCUCUCUCUCCAAAUUUCGCAUGCCUUUUUCUCUGCUGAUUUUUGUUUCUUCUUCUUCUCCCUCACAAGUACAAAGUAGUUUCUAGAGCAUGUUAGCUUUGAAAAUCGUAUAUCCCAAAGCUGAACUGGCAGAGAAAUUUCCCCUUUUUAGGGGAUGAUGAUGAUGAUGAUAAUGAUAAUGAAGAUGGUAGUACUGGUCAA